GUUGAUGCCGCCCCGUCGCAUUCGUAGCCAGCCCGUCGCAGGAAUUUCUUUAGGAAUGACUGGCUUUCUUGUGACUGCGGGCGCCCCCUUUCUCCGCCCCUUCACCUUUUGGACCGCGCGAAUCAUGUCCGUCUGUUCCUAUUCUCACCCAGCAACGGUCCUCUCCCCGUCGUUGCUUUCUACCCAGCAAAGCUCAUUUUCCCUUUUCUCCUUCUUACAUCCAACUCCCUCUCACUUCCUCUCCUCGUUGACUUGCCUUUGAACAGUCUCGAUCUACUUUCCUUCAAAGAUGCUCGCGUCCAUCUUCACUUCGACCCUCAUGGUCACUCUCUUUGCUCUGGUCCAGUGCAACCCGAGCCCCGUCGCCGGCGUUGACGGCUGGCACAGUCUCGGCGGUGUCGGUCACGGUGGCUUUGAGCGUCGUCAGCAGACGCAGAAGGCAGCAGUCACGGUACCCGCUGUGGCACCUGCCACUAUUGGCACCCCCCCUUCCACGGCUCCUGUCGCGGCAUCUGCUGCUGCCAGCCCGGCAGCAGCUUCCGGUAGGGACACAGCGUUCGCCGCUUGCGACAACACCACGGACUACACCCAACUCACCGAGUGGGGCUCCGUCCGCAACUGGAACACGACGGACGACAAGGUCUUCUGGGCUGCACCGGGUCAGGGCGCUUGCGGAUUCAACUACACCCUCGAGACCAACGGUAUCUGCCUGCACCCCGGCUGGGUCAACUCUGCCAACACCAACGGCUGCAACAAAUGGGUUCAAAUCUUCUCCAUCGAGACCGGCAUCACCGCUCAAGCUCGCGUCGUGGACUCCUGUGGUGCCGGAAGGUACGACGCCUUUGGAUGCAACGACGCCCUGGUCACGAAGCAGACUUUCGAAAUCCUCGCUGGAAAAGGCGUCAAGAAGGCCCUCGAUGACGGCCACUUGCCCGGAUCCAUCCUCUUCCGUUUCAUCGAAGAACCCUGCUGGGCUUGCAAUGCUGGCCUCCCGGGCAUGCUUCCCAACGGUACAAAGGACGACUGCACGGGCGAGGACUAUCUGGGCUACCCCCGCUGCGGCCGCAAGUCAGGCAACGACCGCGUCCUUGGUCCCCAUGCUGCGCUCGUCUGCAACCGCAACUUUACCUGCCCAGCUAUUUGAUCUCUCCCAAAGUCUUACCUCAUAUAGCUCUCUCCUUCGAACCCCAUCUCCCUCUAGACCCUCAUGUGUCGAAACAAGACGCGAGCCAUCUUCUGGCCCUGCGCAUCAUCUUCACCCCAAUCAGAC